AUGUCAAAUACGUCCUCAAAUGGUAACAACAUUCCUUUUGGAGAAUCCGAAAAUCCUCAAACUUUCAAUGAGUUUGAAGAUCCUCAAUCUCAGCUCUUAACCGAUGGAAAACAAAAUGCCAAGGCCAUUUACUGUGCUUGUCAAAGCUUGAUUUUACGCGCCAAUCUAGGAACAUGGGUCGAAAGACCAAAAGAUAAGUUAAAAUUACCCGAAGGGCAAAUCUUAAAAAAAUCUUAUCCCGAAACACCAUCAUUAGAUGAAGAAGCUUCUAAUCAAGGAUUUUGGGCUUUAUAUGAUAUCAUGGCAUUUGAAAACAUUGGAGUAUCAAAAACCAUAGAUACCGGAAUAAAAUAUUUAUGUUGUGCUGUUUGUGAUGUAGGUCCAUUAGGUUAUAAUGAUACUAAAUCAACGACAAAUGAGUUUUUGAUUGCAGUAGAUCGAGUUAUUAAUGGUUCGACCGAGAAUUCAUGCCAGACACUAGCAGAAAUGAAUCAAGUGGUACAACAUACUUACAAUAUUAAAAGAUUUUGGCAAAGAAGUUAG